CUUCAAGUUCAUUAGAGCAGAGAAAUUAAAGAAAGAAAGCCACACAUAAUCAUCAUGAUUAAGACUCCAACAGUACUAGUUAUUCCAUAUCCAGCUCAGGGGCAUGUAAACCCCAUGAUGAGCUUUUCACAUAAGCUGGUUGAUCAUGGAUGCAAUAUCAUCUUUGUCAACUCAGACUUCAACCAUAAGAGAGUCGUCAGAUCCAUGGACAACAACAAUGGAUCAUCUUCACCAAUCAAAUUGGUGUCAAUCCCAGAUGGGUUGGGACCUGAACAUGACAGAGUCAAUUUAGGAGAGUUAUCUGUUUCUAUAUUGAGCACCAUGCCUUCAAAGCUUGAGAAGCUGAUAGAAGAUCUUCAAUUGAAUGAGGGCAUUAAAGUAACUUGCGUUGUUGCUGAUGUGUUCAUGGGUUGGGCUUUGCAAGUUGCAAAGAAAGUGGGAAUCAAAGGAGCUUACUUUUGGCCUGCGUCAGCAUCAGUGUUUGUGUUGCAGUAUAACGUCCCCAAGCUUAUUGCUGAUGGCAUCCUAGAUACUGAUGGGUCACCAACAUCAACAACAAAGACCUUUUGGUUAUCCUCUUGUAUUCCAGCAAUGGACAUCAAAGUCAUAUGGUGGUUAAAUUUGUUUGACCCUUUAGUUCAAAAGAGAUUUUUUAAGUAUGUGGUGGAGUGCCUCCGAGAUUCAGAUAAUGUAACUGACUGGUGGUUGUGCAAUAGUACAUAUGAACUUGAACCACAAGCAUUUUCUUGUGUGCCAAAUUUAUUGCCAGUAGGCCCAUUAUCCAGAACCUAUGAUGAUAAUAAUAAAAGUGUAGCUCCAAGAUCCUUGGGACAAUUCUGGGAAGAAGAUUUGUCUUGUAUGAAUUGGCUUGAUCAACAACAAAACAAUUCUGUUGUGUAUGUAGCAUUUGGUAGUAUUGCUCUUUUCGACCAAAAACAAUUUACUGAGCUAGCUCUUGGGCUCGAGCUGACGAACAGACCCUUUCUUUGGGUUGUUCGUCAAGAUCCCAAUUGCGAGAAUAAAAUGUCUCUUCCAGACGAAUUUAAGGGGAAUCGAGGUAAAAUAAUUGGAUGGGCUCCUCAACAGAAGGUUCUAAGCCACCCUGCCAUAGCUUGUUUUGUAAGUCAUUGUGGUUGGAAUUCAAUUCUGGAAGGUUUGACUAAUGGAGUUCGCUUCUUGUGUUGGCCCUAUUUUGCUGACCAAUUUUUCAAUCAAAGAUACAUUUGUGAUGUAUUAAAGGUUGGAUUGGGAUUUGAUUUGGAUGAAAAUGGAUUAAUCUCACGUGGUGAGAUUAAAGCCAAAGUGGAUCAACUGCUUGGUGAUGAGAACACAACACCAAGGUCUCAUAAGCUCAUGGAGAAGUUAAAGCAUAACAUUGGAGAAAGAGGUGCUUCUUCAAGGAACUUAAACAGGUUUCUUACUUGGUUGAAACAUUGAAUUGCUUACUUAUGAACAAAUAAGAAUUAGGGUGAA